AUAUAAGUGAAAUAAGUGGUGAGGAGUAGUUUGUUACUGUGAUUAAGGAUGUCUCGAAAGAGUCACUGGGUUUGGGCAGCAUUGGUGUGCACCUUCCACUGCACCAUUGCUCAUACAUCCUCUCUGCUCACAACUCUGCCUCCACUCUGCCCUUAGCACUGACCCACAGCUCAGCUCUCCUUGCUGAGCAUUGUAGGCCAAUGAAAACGUAGGUAUUCUUCUGCAGCUACUGUGAGAUGCUGAACCUGGAUGGCUCCAAGCAAGGUAGGACACGUGGUUGGGCAUGGUGGCAGCUAAGAAUACAGGAAUGGUCCUACAGACUACAGAUCCUCUCGGGACCAUGCCUUAUUUCUGAAGAUGGCCAGAAGCAGAGAACAUCUUCCUUGUGUCUUCUGUCCUGGGAUAUCCUUGCAGCUUUCAGGAGUCUGUUUCUAACCAUGCUACUGAGCUGGAAACUUCCUGCAAGCUAUUAGGAAAGAUUACCUCUGCAGGCCUCCUAGAUCUGCAUUUGCCUAAUCUCUCUUUGAACUCUUGUGUGUGUUUUUCCUCUGUAACAUCCAGAAGCAAAAAAUCCCCCAAUGUGUGAUGAUAUUGUAUUUUACCAGAUAUUACCUGCUAACUCCACAGGCAGCUCCCUAUGUUUUUUUUUUUCUCUGAUUCAGUAAAUCAUUUUGCAUUUAAAGCCUCCAAAAACUCGUGGUUUUAUAGAACUCUAUCAUGUCUAGGAAUUUUCUUGUCCAGACUAUCUUCUCCAUCUUUCUUCAGCUAGUUGUCCUAUACACCUGAUAACUAUCUAGCAACAGCCUUGCCUCACCAUACGCCUCCUGAGCAGGAAUGAGCAGAACUGUAUUGUAGUUGUGUGGUGGGAGCCCAACAGAUUUUUACAGAAGCAUUACCAUAACUUCUGCUUUAUCGCUUCUUGCUUUUCUAAUCAUUCUUAAUAAAAUGCAGCUAUUUUAAGUCGAGUUUUGUGGAGACUGAGAUCAGGUAGGAUAGCCUCCUGGCUGCUUAAGACAUUAUAAUUUAGUAUCAAUGCAUUUGAAAAGAAAUAGAACAUCAUAGGCAACUAGAGAAGAAUGACAGAUCUCUAAAAGAUGUCCCAGGUACACAGUGAGCAACAGAAUCAUGUGUGGUAGUCUGACUCCAAAACUUCAUGCCCAUCCAGUCACCACAGAUCAACAAGUCUUUUGACCACUGCUGUAACUCGAUCCUAUAACUGCAGGUGUUAUCUUGAUUUAUCAAUGUAAAUUUGUAGUGGAAAUUAUCUUAAUGGUCUGCUACUAAUAUUUCUCUUCACUUUCUGUCUUUAAAUCAUCUUUUCUGCACUGAAACUCUUAAAUCUCUCUUCCACAUAUUGAACUUUUCUAAACCAUAUUUCAUUAGCUCAAUUAUUUUACAGAUUCAGUCUUAAUUUUCCCCCGAUAUGGGAUGGCAGGCAGUGCUUUGUUCCAAACAGCAAUAAGAAGUCCAAAUUAUUUUUUAUUGAGUCCAUUGAAGUUAGAGUCACAGUCCAGAUUGAUUUCACACUUUUUUGCUCUAUAAGCAGCAAAGAUAUUUUUUCAGCAGCAAUAAUUUAAACAUCCAUGGGUGUCUCAGCAUACAAAUUAAUACAUAGGAAAAAUGAUAUCCACAUUUCAGGGUUUUUAAGUAUUAAUGUGUAUGCUAGUGAUUCAUGUAAAUAUGUUGGGAUUUAAUGGUAGCUGAACCAAUGGCUUGGAUCCAAAAAGAACCCAUAAAUAUAAGAAAAUGCUAUAUGCCUGCUGAAUUGAUUACGAAUGAUGGUAAUUUAUUUCUAAAUCCACCCAGUCACAUCUUUGUAUCAUUUCCUGGUUAUGGUUCAUGCAACGCAGUACCAUACUUAAGCUGCUUGGGAUCUGCUUGCAUUGUGGUACGCUCUGUUCUGAAUGAAAAUAGGAGCAAAACAUCUAUCAUCCUAUAUUUCUUUAGGAUCUAUUAACUUAAGCGUAGCUUAAAAGACUUCCUGUAUUAAUGCUAUCUGGUGCCUCUAAUGAGGUAACAAGGCUCAACUGAACACUCACAGAAACAGUUUUUAAAAUAAGAAGAAAGAAUAUACUAUUUCAGUUUUCUCUACAAAUUACCCACUAAUCUAUAUUGCAAUCAACAACUAAAGCCUAGAAAUAGAGACAUAUAUAUUUAAAAAAAUAAUGAAUCAUAAAAUGAAGUAUUUUCAUUUCUGAUUUCAAUUAACUUUAACAACAGAUGUAAACAGAUCGAAGAGUCAUAGAAUAAUUUUCACCAGAAUGGGCCUUUAAAGAUUAUCUUAACACUUUAUUUUUAAUGAUUCUAAUGUUGGCUCAGUUUUUUGAAAAUAGAAUUAUUAUAUAGGUAGUCUCACUCAAUUAUUCAAUGACUUCUCUUUGCCUUGCACAUCUCCAGCACAGAUAAGGUUAAAUAAUUUCCUUUACAUAAAAAGAAGGAAGUUAUUGCUUGUCAGGAGGAAGUGGUGAUAAUUUCAAUUUAACUCCGUACCUUUGACUCUUGCAGUUAUUUCUUGUUUUUUUUAAAUCAAAGCGUACUUCUAUUGAGGCUGAUUGUAAGUGUGCUUGAUGAAGAAUAUAACAGCCAUAGAAGAAUGUAACAGAGUCGUACAGUAUUAUCUGACCUAUAGACUAUUUUCAAUCUGAAAUCUUGGGAGUGCAUUUUGAAAUUCUUCUCCACAUAUAUUUCCUUCUCAGAAAGAAGCUCACUAACAAAAUGAAUACUACAGAUUUCGGUACAACAGAAUAUUCUUUUGAUAUAGACUACGCUUCUCUAAUUACACCACCUUGUUCCAAGUUGGAAGUCAGGAACUUCACAAAAGUGUUUCUGCCAGUUGCAUACUCGCUGAUUUGUAUCGUCGGCCUAGUUGGUAACAUCUUUGUAGUGAUGACCUUUGCGUUAUAUGAACGAACCAAGUCCAUGACGGAUGUGUACCUCUUCAACAUGGCCAUAGCGGACAUACUCUUUGUGCUGACUCUGCCACUGUGGGCAGUGAAUUAUGCUGCUGACAAAUGGAUUUUUGGUAAUUUCAUUUGCAAAAUGGCCAGAGGUAUCUAUGCAAUCAACUUCAGCUGUGGCAUGCUGCUUUUGGCCUUUAUCAGUGUGGACCGGUACAUCGCAAUUGUACAGGCAACAAAGUCAUUUAAACUCAGAGCAAGAACGCUCGCAUACAGUAAAUUGAUUUGUUUGGCUGUGUGGGCAUCAGCUAUCUUAAUCUCCAGUUCCUCUUUUCUACACAGUGAAAGUUAUAACAUCUCCAUUAAUGAAACCAAAGAGAUUUGCGAUCACAGAUUUGACAAAAUGUCUGACAGCAUUGUCCUGAAAUCACUGCUGCUGUGUCUACAAGUGGGAUUUGGAUUUUUUAUACCUUUCAUAUUCAUGAUUUUUUGCUAUGCAUUCAUUGUCAAAUCUUUACGACAAGCCCAGAAUUCCAAAAGAAACAAAGCAAUCAAUGUGAUUGUAUUAAUUGUAGCUGUUUUCCUAUUUUGCCAGGUGCCCUAUAACACUGUUCUUCUUGUGGCAGUUGCAAAUAUGGGCAAUAAAGAAAAAUCUUGUGACUUUGAAAAGGGAAUGGCCUAUGCAAAAUAUAUCACUGAGACCAUAGCAUUUUUACACUGUUGCUUGAACCCUGUACUCUAUGCAUUUAUUGGAGUGAAGUUUAGAAGUUAUUUUGUGAAGAUCAUGAAGGACCUUUGGUGCAUGAGGUACAAGAAAUACAAUAAACGUAGUUCAAAGACAAAUUCUGAUAUUUAUCAUUCACGACAGACAAGUGAAAUUCUGACUGAUAAUGCAUCUUCUUUUACUAUAUGAUAUAAUUUUUACAACAUUAUUUCUGAAGGACUCUGUUCACCAAGCAACCCAAUACAGUCUCACUGUGUCUGUAGUAGACAGUCUUUUGGGGCUUCUCUCUACCUCAAGGGGAGUAACCAGGACUUACAAUUCCUUUCAGGAAAAUAAUUAACAUAAAAGAGUAACACCAUCCCACAGAAAACUGAAAUCUUAUUUACUUCUUUGAACAUUUAUCCUCUUCUAAAGUGCACACUCAGAAUUAUCAGAAAAGUGAAGUUUACAGAGGAACUCUCCUUGUUUCUAAGAAAAAUAUUGUGUCUUGUUUGUCCUACAUCUCUGAAAUAUCUCAAAAGCACAAAGGAAAUGAAUCAGGCUAUGUCCAGGUUCAUUCUACUUACAUUUAUGCUGUUGUUAUUAAGUAUUUAUACCUGGAAGUCUUAUUUAAGUGUAGGUCUCCACUGUAUUUUUCUGGUAGACAGGUCACUCAAUGGAUAAUACUAACAUAAAUGGAUGACAUUUUGAGCAAAGCACGGCAAAGAAAGCUGACAAAGAAAUGAAGAAACAGGUUCCAGGAAUAGCUGGAAUAGCUGGGCUUAGAUGUCAGAUCUCAUAAACUUUUGCCUGGUUCUACCCUGCACCUGCUCAUCAAGAAUUGCAGAAGCUUAUACUUGGGCUGAGGCUGGUCAACGCUGACAAAGACAUAAAAAAGAAUUAAAAAAAAAAAAUCCAAAAAAAAACAAAACAAACAAAAAGAAGAAAACUGCGAAAUAAAGAGCACUGGAGCAGGCUCCUCAGAGCAGUGCUCAUGGUACCAAGCCUGCCAGAGUUCAAGAAGUGUUCAGACAAUGGCCUCAGAACUAAAGUUUCAUUUUUUUGGGAGAGUCUUGCACAGAGCCAGAAGUUGGACUCAGUGAUCCUUGUGGAUCCCCUCCAGUUUGAGAUAUUCUAUGAUUCUAUAAUUGAUAUAUGUGCAGAGAGGUUUUUCUGAUAUCUAAUUACUUAUCUUCUGAACUGACAAAAGAUCUUUACUUGGGAUAUUCUUCUCUUCAUUUGGCCCUGGAUUCCAGUUCUGUGCUCUUUUGAAGCUGAUCACCUUGUGAACAUUUCUUGGUGUGUUAUUUCUUUGUCUUAUUGCAUCUUUCUAGCUGAAAUUCACACUCGACAUUCUAGAAGCAAGCAAACUGAACAGAAAUGCCUCUAGUCAAAUCCCAACCCUUUUUGUUGUAACUAGAUUGGUUGCAGAACAUUUAUUUCUUUGUAUUUUGCUACCACUCACAGUUUCCAUAGGAAGGGAUUUACUAGCACCAAGUAUAUACAUACUUAAUUCAGCCAGAAUUUUUGACUGAGUUAGUCAGCAUUUUACUUACUCUGAAUAUAGGGAUAUUUCUAAUACAUGCAGAUACUUGUAAGCAGUAGAUCCUACUGGAAAGGACUGUCCAGUAGACCCUCAGUGAAAUUUCUGUUCAUUGAGAGAACUUCACCACCUUGUAACAAUAUGUGAGGUGGCCAGGUAGACAGGAUAAGGAGUUGAUGUGUACCAAAGAGUGGAAUGUAGGUAACAAUGAGAGCCCCACUACCUUGUGAUUGCAGUGUGCUGAAGCUCCUACCAGUUUUCUGCAGUUCCUCUGCAAUGAGGGCAAACUGGUUUAUUGUUAUGCACAAUAUUCCAUUUCUAUGGCAGGAAUAAAUGAAUGCUAUAUGCAGCUGGAUGUUUGUCUUGGAUUUUCUUUUUGCUCAUGGCUGAGGAGACAGGAUUUGGAAUCAAUAACCACUUCUUUCUGAGCAAUGCAAAGGGACAAGAACUAUAGGUCUGAAGCAAAAUAAAUAAAUAAAUAAAAUAAAAGAUAAAAAAAAUUGAGGAAUGGUGUUGAUAUGGUAUAAUGUGAAAUGAGUAUUGCUUGCGCUGGUGUAAUUCAUCCUUGUUUACAGUGCACUGUGACAUUCUUAAAUGUCAAUGCCUGGUGUCUACUUAUCAUCACUGAAUAAUAACUUAGGCAAGAAUAUGAUUCAAAAUUAUGUAAAUGCAUAUGUGUGCAUUUGUUGUAUAUAGCUCUGGUGAUUUUCUGUGUGAUAAUUCAACAAAUAAAAAACGCAACAAAGAUAAAAAGCCCAUCUCUAAGGUUCUAA